CAAAGUAGGAGCAACAGUUACAUGAUAAGGUACUAGUUUGAAUUUCUCUUUGCAGAGAAGUUCUUUUGUUUCUGUGGAGAUGUAAGUGCGCACACAAUGGAUUUAUAGCACAGGAAAAGGAAAGAAGAAAAAGGAGACCUCAGUUUUUAACUUAUCACAGAGGUAUGUGCAGACCACAUGGCCGCAAAAAGCCAUGGUGACUCUUAUAGACUACCCAGCUCCUAUGGAGCUGUUUUCAAAAGCUGGAGAGCUGAGAAUGCCAUUUUCUGAUGUGGUCAAAUACUGCAUUCUGGGUAUCUCCAUCAUUCUCCUACUGCUGGCUCUGGGCAUCUUAGCCUGGCAGAUCUACAGAUUCUGCACAGAGAAAUACACUACAUACACCCAGCAAGAUGCAGGGCAUAAUGAUUUGCUGUAUUCAGACGAAGGGCCAACGACAACAGGAAACUACACAGGAGCUCCAAGUACCAAACUGGAGGAUGUCAGCACAGAGGCCCACAGACUGAGUCGCUACCUGUCUCAGCCCUCGUUUCCCUCCUUAGCAUCCACCGAGGCAGCUGGAGACAAAGAAGAGCAGGCAACUAUUCAAAAGGUGGAUGGAUCAUUACGAUUCUCCGUCUACUAUGAUCAGAUGCAGUCACGUCUGGUGGUCACCGUGCUGCAGGUGGAGGGGCUUUUGGAACAGAGUGAGAGCCGAACCCUCCAACCAUUUGUUAAAAUACUGCUCAUGUGGGCAGGAUCAGAGGCUGUAGAAGUCGAGGGCUUUAAAGAUGAAGAGGGGGAAGGCUUGUCGCCUGUUCUGUGGACAGUACUGCAGGAGUGGCGUACUCGCAUUGUGAAAGGCAGCUGUAACCCUUUAUUUGGAGACCAGUUCAGCUGUGUUUUACAAGAGGAAAAGCUUCAUCACAUCAACCUAAGGAUGGAGGUAAGAGACUUUGAUAAAUUCUCCAGAAACACAGUGUUAGGAGAUGUGAGGGUUCCUUUAGGACAGCUCAACAUCUCCUACCCUCUGGAACUACAGGAGGAUCUAAAGAUACCCCAGAAGGAUCUUGUUGGAGAGGUGCUUUUGUCCCUGAAAUUUCUUCCCACGUCUCAGAGGCUGGAGGUUGGCCUGCUAAAGGUCAAAACUGUCCUUUCUGAGAUAUCCCCAAAUGCAGCCCUGUAUGCCAGGAUCAGCGUCCAGUGCAAUCAGUUCAAGCUAAAGUACCAGAAAAGCUCUACAGUGGCUCGGUGCCUGGUGACUGUUUUCAAUGAGGUCCUCUUGUUCUCCUUGCCAGAGGUUCAUCUGGAGCGGUGUAAAAUUUUGGUCUCUAUAUAUGAAACUCGCCCAACAAGCAAAUCAGCCAAACAGCUGAUCGGACAGCUGAGUGUGGGGAAGGAGAAGAGUUCAGAAGAUGAGCACUGGACUUUGAUGAUGCGCUCAGUACGUCAGCCAGUAGCAAAGUGGCAUGGCCUACUGAUCUGAAACACAGCAAAACCACCGCUAUCAUCAUGGAGUGUUGUAUUUGUAUGUUUUUACCCUGAAAGCAUGUGUAUCAGACUGUUCAGGCAUCUGCACUUGCUGAGGUAAAGACCAGACAUGCUUGUCCUCCUGAUCUCACAGUGACACAAAACUUUAUUACUCUCCGUACUUACUGCUACUCAACGGUAAACGUGAUGUUUGUAACAAUGCUCCACUUUCUCAAUGCCACACUAACAUUACUCUCAUUACUCAGUUUAUGAGAGGCAUUAUUGACGAACUGUUGGUUCAAAUGUUUAUUUUGGUUGCUAAAGCAGAAACUGUACUUGUUGCUAUCUACAUGUAAUUAGCGUGUACCUAGAUCAGUACGAGAGGACUCGAAAAAAUAAUGAAUGCCACAGUUAUGAUGAUUAGUUGCUUUUUUUUUUUUUUUUAUACAAUGUGUAUCUUUUAAUCCACAAUUUAUUCUAUGAAAUGUAAUAUAUGAGACAUUAACUUCACAAGAUAGAAUGCAGUUGUUUAAAACUUCCCAUGAAUCCUUAAUAAAUUCCAUCAUUUGGU